AUGGCGCAAGUCUAUACCUCGGUGCCUCUCGACGAGGAACACCAAUCUAUCCUACCCUCCUCCGAGAAAUCCCACCUCUCGGGCCUGAGACUGCGCUAUAACACAGAAACCGCCAGACAAAAAGUCUCUCGCUUCAUCAAGCAAUGGGUUUGGGUUAUCCACGCGGCGUUGCUCGGAACUUCACUGCUCUUCUUCCUGCUCGCAUACUACGUUGCUCGCGCGCAGCUCAACGCCACGUCAUUCACGAGAGAAUUCUCAGCUUGGUCGCCUGCUCUUCAAGAGGUCGAGUAUGAAAGCAUCGACUUUGAUCUGCCACCCAUGAUGGACAAUCCCUCGAUUUAUGUCGGUAAGGGGCCCGAAGUUGACGCCGCCUGGGAAGCGGUCACUGGUGAUGUCGGUGAUUCCAUUAUCUCUCAAGAGGAUGGACUUCGGUUGGGCCUCGCUCCCGACUCGCUCGUCAUCGAGGACCCAGCCACGGGCGAGAGGGGCUUCCGCGUUGGCAUAGAAGUCUUUCACCAACUUCACUGCCUAAACUUGCUCCGUCAAGCCACCUUUAAGGAUCAUUACUCCCACACUGGCGGUGAUGUCGAUACUGAUGCCGAUGACCUCAGAGGCCAUGUUGAUCACUGCAUCGAGGCCCUUCGCAUGACGCUCAUGUGCCAGAGCGAUAUUGGCGUGUUCAGCUUCAGGCAUUUUGAGGGUGUGGAUGGCUACUGGCCCGACUACGCGACCACGCACACGUGCCGCAACUUUGAAAAGAUUAGGGGAUGGGCCAUGUCCAAAGCUGUGGUAUGGACCGACGAGAACUAG